AUGCCCAUUAUCACGGAUUUCAAACUGCCGGCCUCCGCCAAGUCCAUCCCAUUGCCAGAGGGGCCCCAUUCGAUGCUCUUCAUUGCUUUUGUCUCCUCCGAUGAUCCUGCUACAGGCCAACCAUGGUGCCCGGAUGUUCGUGCUGCGCUGCCUCAUAUCAAGGCUGCAUUUGCGGCCGAGGAGACGCCUCCUGUAGGACUCGUCACGGUCGGUCAGAAACCCGAAUGGAAAGACCCAGAUAACUUGUACCGUAAGACUUGGAAUGUCUCAGGAAUUCCAACUUUGGCACGUUACCAACGGGUUAAUGGAGAAGUCACGGAAACAGGAAAGGUGACCGAAGUAGAGAUCCUGGAUUCAGCCAAGUUCAAGGCUUUUCUGGGCGACUGGGCAAAGGAGCGACUUUAG